AUGGCCAUCCAAUUGCCGAUCGAAGCAUCCCGCGAGGCCUUCCUGCUGGCAGAGCGGCAAGACGAGAUGGCCACCUUCGAAGCGGGCCUGGGCGACAACGGCUCGCCGCUCGCCUGCAGGCGCGAUCAGUACCGCAGAAUCGCCAAGUACUACGCCGCUUGGCACGCCAGUGGACCUGAGCAGCGCAACCUCUUGGCCAACGCCGCAAGGCACUACGCGCUCUGCGAGGAGUACCCCACGGCUUUGAAGCUGUACUUGAAGGUGGGCGAGAAGGAAAUCGACAACGCCAUCGAGGUCGUGGGCAAAGCGCGAAGUGACGCGUUGACGCACACGCUGAUCGACUACCUGAUGGGCGAGCAGGAUAACGUGCCUAAGGAUGCCAACUAUGUCUACCGACUGCACAAAGCGCUGGGCAACUACAUGCAGGCCGCAGGCACGGCUCACAUCAUCGCCAAGCAAGAGCAGGAGAUGGGCAAUUACAAGCAGGCGCACCAAUUGCUCUUCCGUACCUACCAGGAUUUGAAGAGCCAAAAGCUGGCGCUGCCGCAGGAGUUGUGGAGACGUCUCAUGCUGCUCCACUCCUAUGUCAUUGUGAAGCGCCUGGUCAAGGCGGGCUCAGCUCAUGCCACGAGACUAAGGUUGGUCAGAGUGGCCAAGAACAUCCAGCAGUUCCCUGCCCAUGUGGUGCCCAUCCUUACCUCGGUGGUGAUCGAGUGCCAGCGCGCCAAGAUGCCGGGCGAGUCUUACCAGUACGCCUGCACCUUGAUGAAGCCAGAGUACCGGAAGGAUGUCUCGGAGCAGUACAAGAAGAAGAUUGAGAACAUCGUCCGCAAGCCGCCCCCCGAGGCGGAAUCCAGAGAUGCUCUGGAGGCGAGCCUGCCGUGCAUGUACUGCGGCUUCAACUUUGCGGAGUCUCAGCUGGAUUGCCUGGGGCCCAAGUCAGCCUGA